UGGGCGGGGUCUGGUAUCCAGCAGCACUGGCCAGGUCACUCGGCGAACUCAGCUGCUGUCAGCCGUCUGAUUAUCAAAGAUGGCAGGAAACAAGUCUUACACUAUUGUAGAAUAUUUCGGCGGGGAUGAUGGCUACCGCUGUGGAUACUGUAAAAACCAAAUAGGAAACUUUUCUCAUGGGAUGUGGUCCCACACCAUGACAGUACAAGACUACCAAGACCUCAUAGAUCGAGGAUGGAGAAGAAGUGGGAAAUAUGUUUAUAAGCCCAUACUGAAGAAGACAUGCUGUCCGCAAUAUACCAUCAGAUGUCAUGCACUGAAAUUCCAGCCUUCCAAAUCCCACAAGAAAAUCCUGAAGAAGAUGAGCAAAUUUAUUUCCAAAGGGGAACUGCCAAAAGGAGAGGAUAAUGGGGAGCCAAUGGACUCAGGGUGUGGGGAGGCAGGCCCACGGGAGCCAAGCAAAGUGAAGUGUCCUGCUAUCAAAGAUAUUCAGAACGAAGUAGCAGAGUGUCCAGCUAUCAUAGAGGGUCAGACGAAGGCAGGGGAUGCUGCACCUACAGGCUCAGAAACAUCACAGAAGGAUCCAGUGUCUGUUCCAGAUGUGAGAACAGCAGCCGCAGCUCCUAAACCAGGAAUGGGAGCUGAUCCCAGCCGGCCACCGUGCAGGAAGGCCAAAGAUUUGAGGAAGGAGCGACGUCUUCAGAAGGAGCAGAUAAGACAACACACUGAUGGGGUCUCUUCCAUUGUCUCUCCCGCCCAACCCACUCCCACCCACACCAACCAACCCAAACCCCUGGAAGAGUUCAUAAAUGAGUCAUUGCCUGAAAACUCUUCUCAUUGCCUUGAGGUGAGGCUAGUGCCGGUGAACUUUGAGGACCCUCAGUUCGCGUCGUCCUAUGAGCAGUCGGCGGCGCUGUACGCCCGCUACCAGAUGGCCAUUCAUGGUGAUGACCCCAGCGAAUGUAGUGACAGUGAGUUCCGGAGAUUUCUCUGUGAUUCACCACUAGAGGCAGAAUAUUCUCCAGAUGGGCCCGAGGUGGGCUAUGGCUCCUUCCACCAGCAGUAUUGGCUGGAUGGGCGCAUCGUGGCAGUGGGAGUGAUUGAUAUCCUGCCUACCUGUGUGUCCUCUGUCUACCUUUACUACCACCCAGAUUUUGCCUCACUGUCUUUGGGCUCCUACUCUGCUCUCAGGGAGAUCGCUUUCACCAGGCAGCUGCAGAAACAGUCCCCCAAGCUGUCCUACUACUACCUGGGCUUUUACAUUCACUCCUGCCCCAAGAUGCGGUACAAGGGUCAGUACAGGCCUUCAGACCUCCUGUGCCCAGAAACCUUUGUCUGGGUACCGAUAGAGCGAUGCCUACCCCAGCUUGAGAACUCCCGCUAUGCUCGUUUCAACCAGGAUCCUGAUGCAGGAGAUGCUCGGGUGCUGAAGGAUGUGGGCCGAGCUCUGGUGCUAUACAGACGAACCGUCAUGCCCUAUGCAGCCUACUCCCGCAAACGCAAGGGCUCCAGCGACGAGACGGAGGUGCAGCAGUACGCCGGCUUGGUUGGCCAGGACUGUGCCGAAAGGAUCUUGCUCUUUCGCUCCUAAAUGUGCAGUGUCACACCACUGCACCUUUUAAUACACGUAAAUACACACUGUCUGUUUCUGUUUAAAUAUGUCUGCGUGUCUCCUCACUGUCUAUGAAAGUGCUUUCUGCUGCCUCUCCCUGUAGUCUCACCACAUGCACUACACGUACUGGAACAAUGCAGUAGCCAGUUACUAUCUACUGCAUAUAUGUAUGUAGCCAUUCACCCACUGGCCUCAUUCACACUUAUUUUAUGAGUUCAAUUUUAAUAGUCAGUGAAUCCUGCUGCAUCAGUAUAUAUUUUUUGCGCAUCCCAUCACUGGCUUGCUACAGGGACCAGUCCCCUGAAUGUUAUUUUCAUAUCUUGUAUCCAUACUUUAGAUUUUUUUUUUUUUGCACCAUCUUUAAUUUUGUAUGCUUAAGUAUAUGCUGUUUAAUUAGUUUCAGAACUUGUGCAUAUAAAAAAAUGAGGGGAGGUGCACGUGAUAUGAGUGCAGAAAACAAUAUCUGCAAGUGGAAAACCCCCUUUGCAAAGAAGCAUUUCUAGUGAAGCACAGAACGGUAUUCAUGGGCAGAAAAGCCUCCCCACGCGCUUGAACUCAUAUAUUUGACUUAAAUAAAAACUACAGUGUAGAAAUACUCGAAUAGGUAAAAGUCCUGCAUUCAAUUUUUUACACAAGUAAAAGUGCAAAAGUGUUAUCAUUGAAAUAUUGUACUUUCCAACAAUAAUCAGAACUUAUUUGUUAAUUAUAUUUUGUUCUUUAAAAAAAAUGCAAUCUUUGUUUCUGAAUUAUAGUACAAUAGAAGUAUACAAUAUCAGAAGAAGGAAAUACUUAAGUAAAAUACAAGUACCCUAAAAUUGUACUUAACUACAGUACUUGAGUAUACGUGCAUAGUCACUUUACUCCACUCUGCUCUGACUUGUUUGUAUAAAUCACUGAGCAUGCUUUGGAUCUUGAAUGACAUUUAUGACAGCCCCCUUCAUGAUGGAAGGCAAGUACACGUUUAUUACACUUAGUGUUUAAUGUGUUUUAUAAAUGGUGGGAAACCGCAUUCUAGCAUGUUCAAUUAUAAUAUUUCCCUUUACCUUGAAGCAAGAAAUUUUCAUGACUCUAGGAAGCUGUGGGGUCCUGCAGGGCUCCACUAUUUUGGAUUGAUAAUAACAAGAAAAGCUGGUGUUUAACACCAUUUGAUUUAUUAGUCAGUAACAAUCAUUACAACUCAUGCCGCCAAUCAAGAGCAGUUAUCGGUCGCUGUCUCUGCCUACAAAUUCUCCAAACUCAAUUUGACGAGUGAGCAGGUGAAGUUGCGAGUGCAUGGUGAGCGAUGUGCUUUAUUUCACAUACUUCAUUUCUCUUCCACAUACUGUUCUGUGCUCCUAUCAUGUUCACGUCCCCAUUUUGUUUUCCUAUGUGCACGGUUUGUGAGAUCACUCAGCACCAUAUACGUUCUGAUGUUAUUAAAGAGCAUCUAGCUACACGCAACGGACAGCUCUCCUCUUAACUGACACGGGUUUGAAUUACGUCAGCAUCGCCACUUAAAGAGCAUGUUCUGAAUGUACAGUGAUUUUGAAGGUGGUUUUCACUUGCUUGCAUUACAUCCCAACACCUCAAGCUGACUCAAACAAUACCACAACAUUGUGAAGAAGUUAUCACUCGAGUCUCUGUGAAGCAAAGCCACAGUUUUCAAUGUUUUUUUGUUAUAUUUAUAGUUAUGUGUGCUUUUGUUUUAAUAUCGACACUGUUAUUUUUGGUUAAACCAAAUAAAGGGGUUAUAUAGUCUCUCUGCUCAGAGUUGCUGGCUUUUUUAAUUAAGCAACACAACCCUGAUUCCACUGGCAAAGGGAUUUUGGAAACAUGGAAAUAAUAUGUCAAGAGUCUCCUUUGCUGGCACAAGUGGUGUAACUUUUCACACAUACAGUAGUAAGUAUAUAUCUUCCAAAACACAUGCACACUCAGAGAUAAGUGCUUUAGUUGGACUUGUUGAAUAUGAACAAGUAACAGGUGUUAGAUAUACGAGCUGGCAGAACACAAAUUUGAAUGGCUUCCUGCCCCCAAGCAGAGUGUCAACAGCAGCCCAGCUCACAGCCAGGACAGGACUCGGUUGAGCUCUUGUUAGCAGCCAGACUUCUGCUCUUAAAGCACAGAUACAUUAUAUGUGCUUUUAAUUAUGCAAGAAGCAUGGUCUUGGCAGAAACGUGGCAUCUUAAAGCUACUUCUAUAAACUUUGGUGUUAUCACGACUUGGAUUUUAAUCAGAAACUCUACUAGGCAUCAGAGACGUUAAUGCCGUUGGUGAAGUGAAGCUUCCUGUUGGGGCUUCCCGUCCUCUCAGGCUCAAUUGUUAGAACCAGAUUAAUACAGUUUAUAAUUUGCACCCUUUAUUCAUUUAUCUUCUUCUUGUCAAGUCACAAAUGAGUAAAAUCUGAACACAGAUAUGUACACAGUCAGCCUAACUCAAUCCUCCAUUAUUUGUUUUUUUCUUGAGAAAUCCAUAUGUAUUAAUAAUGAAGGCAAAACUGGACUAAAAGUUUGGAAUUAAAAGUUUCAUGAGA